UUUGUUUCUGUUCGCCUAUGUAAAGCAAGGAAGCCACCGUGUCUAUCGACAUUACAGGCUGCUUUCCAGCUCACUGCCAUGGACAGUGCUAUCACCCUGUGGCAGUUCCUCCUGCAGCUCCUCCAGGAGCCUCAGAACAAGCACAUGAUCUGCUGGACCUCUAACAAUGGGGAGUUCAAGCUUCUGCAGGCGGAAGAGGUGGCGCGGCUCUGGGGGAUUCGCAAAAACAAGCCCAACAUGAAUUACGACAAACUGAGCCGAGCCCUCAGAUACUACUAUGUGAAGAAUAUCAUCAAAAAAGUGAACGGUCAGAAGUUUGUGUACAAGUUUGUCUCUUACCCAGAGAUCUUACACAUGGACCCCCUGACCGUGGGCAGGAUCGAGGGAGAUUGUGAAACGUCAAGCAGCAGUGAAGUCAGCAGCAGUUCCAAAGAGGUGGAGAGCGGAGGGAGGGAGAGACCCCCGCCGCCUGGGGCCAAGACCUCGAGCCGCAACGACUACAUCCACUCCGGCCUAUACUCUUCCUUCACGCUCAACUCCUUGAGCUCCUCCAGCACCAAGCUGUUCAGAGCCACCAAGAGUGAGACUCUUGCUGAGAAGUUGGCAGAGAAGAAAUCUCCUCAGGAGCCAGCACCAUCUGUCAUCAAGUUCGUGACAACACCUUCCAAAAAGCCACCGCUGGAACCUGCUGCCAACACCAUUGCAGUCGGCCCCAGUAUCUCUCCUCCUUCAGAAGAAACUAUCCCAGUGUUGGAGACUUUGGCUUCUCCCAAACUGGAAGCCCCAGUGUUUGCAUCCCACACAGGCACCACUUUUAGCAGCAGCCCCCCUCCUGUUUCAUCCCUGUCCCCCUCUUUGCAGGAGCCUCCAAGAACCCCCUCCCCACCGCUGAGCUCCAACCCAGACAUCGACACUGACGUUGAGUCGGUGGCUUCUCAGUCGAUGGAACUGCCUGAGAACUUGUCGCUGGAGCUUAAAGACCAGGAUUCCACUUGGCCAGAAAAGGACAAAGCAAAUAAUUCAUCACGAUCCAAGAAACCCAAAGGGUUAGAACUGACACCCACCCUUGUGAUCACGGGCAGCGAUCCCAGCCCACUGGGGAUAUUAAGCCCAUCUCUGCCGACAGCAUCUCUUACGCCAGCGUUGUUCUCACAGACUCCCAUCAUCCUGACUCCGAGCCCCCUGCUCUCCAGCAUCCACUUCUGGAGCACGCUCAGCCCUGUCGCUCCCUUAAGUCCAGCCAGACUGCAAGGUGCUAACACACUUUUCCAGUUUCCUUCUGUCCUGAACAGUCAUGGCCCGUUCACUCUGUCUAGCCUGGAUGGACCGUCUACCCCUGGCCCGUUCUCUCCAGACCUGCAGAAAACCUAACAUGUCUCUGAGACAUGAGAGGCCGGGGAACCGAGAGAUGUUCAACUCGAUUGCAUUUGAAGUGAGCAAAUGAUCCUUCCACAAAACAGAUACCGGGCUCUGCAGCAUUCGCUGUUCCCACGGAAGAGCAGCCUUUUCAGGACCCCUUUGAUUCGACUCAAGCUGAACUAUGCACAAAAUGCCUUAAUUGGAGUUGAAGCUCCCCCUCCCCCCCUCGUUCUUUUCAUAUUUUGAGCUUUUGGUGGGCUCUGCCUCCCAAGAGCAGUUAUAAGGACAAAGUUACUUAUUCUGGCUGCCAAGACCCUUUGGCCGGGGGCGGGGGAACAAAAACAAAACCCCCGUAUACUUAGAGUGUAUUAUUUCAAGAAAUACAAGUUAAGUGAAAUUGGUCUUAUCUUCGGGAUUCAGUGUGCUGCUGGGAACCCCUAGAGAACAUCCCAGAGUAAACUGGGGGAGAAGGGGUCCCUGCUGUUGACACAGUCCUGUCCUAUUGGGAGAGUUUGGAGUUUGCUGUGAACUGCGACGUAUGUAACAACUUCGCGGGAGGGCUCUUGUUUACAUCUGCUGGGCUGGCUCUCCUGGCCAUCUGCGUGCACUUGUUUGGGCCUGUCAGCCGCACAGAGCUGGUUUGCUGCCGCAGGGGGGACUUGGAUGUGGGGCUGAAGGCAGUGUCGGGGGCAAUCCGAGAGGGUGGGGCCCCAAUGUCUGCCCUCUGGGUGGGGUGAUUGCAUGCCAUGGUGAGGUGAGUGCUGCAGUGAGUAUGAAGUGACAGGAGAGACUUUGUCCCAGGUAGGAGACACUCUAAGUAAAGGAACCCCCCCCUCGCACGCGCACACACGCGCCCCUUCAUUUUACCUCAUUUCCUAUUGUGUCUAUCUUCUCUCCUUGACCUGGGAAGGUCACACAGGGUGGACAUGUUCGUUUUCCUGGCAAACAAUUUAGGUCUUAGGCUGACCCCUUUUCUAGACUAUUCCAUGUGGCACCAGAACCAGGUGCAGACAGUGUUGACCCCCCAGAUGGCAUUGAAACCCUCCCCACAGGGAGACCUUCUGUUGGUGUGUUUGGCUUUAAAAGCCCAGAAUGAAAUGAGACGUCCCCACCUCCCUCCUGCCGAUCAAAGGAUUUUUUAAUCCUAGAACUGGACCCUGGAAUUGAGUCCCAGGAACCAGCUGGAACGAGGGGUCAAGACCUGAGGGCACAGAACGACCCGGAGGCAAACCAGCAUCUCCAAGAUGCCUGGCGCUUCCUGUCAGCGUGGUGGGCAGUGUGGACAUGCGCUCCUGUGGAGGCGUGGAGGGAGCAGGUGGAGGGGUGGCCUUCCUGCUGGUGGGCAGGGGUGUGUGCAGCUGGCUCUGCCUGGCAGGGCCGAUGUCCUGCUCCUGAGAAGUGCAAUAGUAGCUCGGACAGCCGGGCUCAGCAGUGAGGGGGUCAGGCACAGGGGUGCUCUCGGUCCAUUGAGUUUGCGUGCCUGCUGGAAAUGACAGGGAGACCCCGAGCAGCACUUUGGCAUAGCUACUAGGAUAAUGAACACUGUACCUUCAGUGAUCAAGGAAAUACUAUUAACCUGAGUUAACUAGAAGUUUUAGAUUUCAAAGCACAAAAGUAUUUUACCUUUUUGAAUCAAAAGGAGAAAAGCCAUUUGUUUCAGAGACAAUUUCUUUGCUAGUGAGUCACUGUCUCAGCACAGGGCUGCCUGGGAAGCCGGGGCGCAUGCAGAGGCAGUCGCAGGGACUUCCUAGAAACCCAUUCUGUGAGGCCUCUCUGUUCACCCAUCCAGGAAGCCACUGAGAGGCUUGGGCCUUAGGGUUUAAUUACGAUCUGCCUUCCCUUCAGAUCAGUUGACUUUAGUGGAUGCUUCUCUCCGUGUGCAUGCGAGCGUGUGUGUGUGUGUGUGUGUGUGUGUGUGUGUGUGUGUGUGUGUGCCCUAUUAAUGAACGUUUACCACCUUAGCUCAAGGUCUGAGCUAGAAGUCUAGAGAUUGACAUGCUAGAAGUUCUAGAAGUUAAGGCAGCACUAACUGGAGCAUAUUGAGCUGGCUGGAUCGCCUGCUCUCUCCGCUCUCCGUGAGCUUGGGGUGGAGAAGAAGUCACUGGCUUGGAAUCCUGGACCUGUGGCUCCGGGCUGUCGAUGGUAUCGCCCCACCUUCCUGCUACUCACUCCUCGCCCGCUGGCUCGCCCGCUCGCAUUGCGCCAUGUCUGGUCCAACAACAUUUUCCCAUCCUGAUCUCAGAAUUUGUGUUGUGUGAUUCUGAAGUUCUUGGAAGCAGCUUUCCAUCUUUCUAAUGAAUGAAAGCACAGUUAGAGGCAGUGCUCGAAGUGGCAAAACAAAACAACAGCCAGCUCUCCAGACCUUUUGAGCGUCCGCUCUUCAGUGUGAAAGUGCAUCACCACGUGCUGACGGAAGGAGCCGUGGCACAGUGGUCAAGCACUCAGCCGCUCUGCUGGCAGUCACUUCCAGGAAUCUCCUAGUCUAGUGCAGUCUCCCACUAGAGAGGACCGGUAGACCGGGCUCCUCUGGAAAGGCCAUCCGACCAGAAGGCCGCUGACUCGGCAUGUUGGCACCAGGCUGCUCUUGGGGGGAUGAGGUGGAUGCUUUUGUUUUGCUCGAUGGAGAAAGCCUUUCUGUGAUUUGCCAUCUUUGAAAAUUUCUAGAAGAAACUGUCAGAGAGCUUGCCACCACUCUCUGGAUUUUCACGUUCAUUCUUUUCCCUAAGUUUCCAGAUAGCCAGCCACUAAGGCGCCCUGCGCUGGUGCAGGUGCUGCCUCUGCCCUUCGAGCUGUCAGCCCUGCAUGCUGAUGUGCUGUCUACCUGCACGAGUCUGUUGACAGACCUUUGGAGCCUUUGCUGCGUCAGCAUUUGCCAGCAAACCCGGAGCUGUUUCAAGUCGCUUUAUAUUAAAAUAGACGGGAGCCCCCCUUUUUUCCUGCACUGAUCAGGUUUCCUUGGGCGGUGGUGGGGCCUGGGAGUGACAUUCCAACCUCUGAAGGAAUGAUGUCACUCCUUUGCCAGUGCUUUUGACACCACUCACUUGCUCGCAUUCCAGACGUCUCAGAUUGUGCUGUUGUUGGCUGUGUAAACAAGUAUGGAGCCCCGUGCCCAGCUCUGUAGAACUGGACCUCUGAGUGGACCAUCAGCUGCCAGGCAGGGGCAGCGCUGCCGGCCAUGUGGUCUGCUACCCGAGGGGACAGCAGGGUGCAUUGUGAUCAGAAGGUGGAGCCCAUGACCCGUUCAAUGAGGCGAAGGUCAGUGAGCCGGGUCCCUCUCUGACUAGAGAGCAGGUUUGCUGGGAGCUAUUUGUCCAUCAUCUGCCUGACGUUGGGUCAAAGGUCAGUGCUCUCUGGUGUUGCUGGCGUUGCCUGUACCUUGUCUUCUGUCUUCAGAUCUCCACUCCCAACGUGGAGGUGUCUUCUUGAAUCGGGGAUUCCUGUGGGAGGUGGCAUGGUAAGCAAGCCCAGGCAGCAGUUUGAUUUCCGUUCUCGUGCUUGACGGAGCCUGUUAGCACGAAGCGUCGUGCUUUGACCUGUGGACCGAGCACGUCCUCAGGGCGAGGUGUUGGCGGGGAAGAAAUGUUCCAUUUGAAGCUGCCAUGUUCCCCAGGCUACUUGUCCUCUUCCUGGCUGUAGCCUGCCAGGGAGGAACCGUCUUGGUGCUGUGCUUCACCCCACUAUGACUGGACGUCCAGGGCGAGCUAGGACAGUGUGGCUAAGGCUUUCCACAGAGCCCACUCAGUCCGGGCCUGUGCUAGCAUGACUGUAGGGGAGACUUCUGUUGUGACAGUUCACGAGGAAGACACACAGACCGCCCACAGCUCUGGAGCCAUCAUCUUUUGGGCGUAGUCACCUGUAUUAAAAUCACUGGGACGCAAGAGUCUGAGUGUUACACACAUCAGGAAGUUAUAUCAAGUGGGAAUGCUUACUUUGAAGUCAUGGGACUAGGAUGUGUGUAUGCGUGUGUGUGCGUGUGUGUGCGCGCGCGCGUGUGAGAGAGCGAGCUCACAUGCUGGCUGAGUGUACAUAUUUCAGAGGGAACAUGCUCUAGACUAGGAUGGCUCCUAGCCAAUUUUAUACUUAAAACUGAAGAGUAAACUGCCACUCUUGGCAGUUGCCACUUCUUACGAACGAAUGCCUUGCACAUUUCCGCUUUUUAAAAUCCCGAGGUCAUUGGCCUUAAGGACCGAUUGCCCACCCUUCAGAAAGAGCAGCGCUCCCUGGGACAUGUCCUAGGUGUUGUAACCUCCCGCUCCAUGCGCAAGUACCACUGAGCCAAUAGGGACGUCCUCUCUCAAAAAUUCACGGACUCAGUUUCCUCAGGAAGGAAGUUUCCUUUUGGAGCAGAGUUCCUGGGAUGCAGUGUGGAUUGAUGGGCGAGGGGAGGGUCCCAGCGCUGGAGCCUCGUGUCUCCCUGUGCACCAGUUGAAACCUCAAGGUCGAAUCUCUGAGCUGCUGCUUCUUGGCUCGGCCUUGUUCUCCA